CACGACAACCCGAACGACAUUUUUGCGGGUCAUUUCCUCGACUUGUUUGCGUUGCCCGCUGUUGCUCAGAACCGCCGUCAGAAUGCCUUCGGAACACGGUCACAGACUCUACGUCAAGGGACGUCACCUGAGCUACCAGCGCUCCAAGCGCCAGGUCAACCCCAACACCAGUCUGAUCAAGAUCGACGGUGUUGACAACACCGAGGCUGCCAACUUCUACCUCGGCAAGAAGGUCGCUUUCGUCUACCGGGCUAAGCGCGAGGUUCGGGGUUCCAACAUCCGGGUGAUCUGGGGCAAGGUUACUCGUCCUCACGGAAACUCCGGCGUUGUCCGUGCUCAGUUCCGCCACAACCUCCCCCCCAAGUCCUUCGGCGCUACUGUCCGCGUCAUGCUCUACCCCUCCAACAUCUAAAUGACUCGGUUUUAUUAUGUGUUAGUUGGCACUCCGAAUCUUCACGCAGACAGUCGGGCAAGGAGUCGACGGUAUGAGCCAAUGUUGAGAUGGAGUUGGCGGGUUGAUAAUGUUCGUGGGAGAGGCAGGGCCGACCAGCCCUACGAAUUAAAAUAAAAGAACUUUUAUGUCUCCUUUACAGCAUGGAUAUCUGUCAGUUAUUAGGCAUUAGAAACGCUUGACCCGUUUUAAACACCGGCGAGCAUCAUGUGUCUUCUCUGACACCAUGGCUUCUCCACCACUCGGCGCACAUCACACCAAUCAAUAUACCAUUUCAGCAUGAUGAUUCAAUUUCGCAUUCGGACGUUAGGCGGGCCCUAUUCGAAUAGAAGUCUAGGGUGGACAACGAGGAUGAGAUGGGCAAACAGCAACCACUUGCAGCAAAUAGAAUUUUUCCCGAUGCUCCCGAUAUUGAAAGUGAAACCCAGACUAGACGAGCCCGUAUGCGACAUUGGCUCAAAUCUCAUGGCGUUGAUGGCUAUAAGCUUAUCUUUGAAUCCCGGGGUUUGUUGCCGUAUCCGAUUACUAGAACAUUUUGUAAAUCAAACCUUAAGAUUCAGGAACCAUAUGUUGAUUGUGA